UAAAACAAUCUAGAUCGACAAUCGUUCAGGUCCCCCUUGCACUCGAUGACUUCUUGGAUCGACUGUGCAGGUCUUACUUUUGACAGUUCAUUGUACAACAAUGGCCGGAUUGGAGGGUAACGUUACACAACCUAUUUCUAAAACAAGCAGCGUACCAGCUGAAGGAUAUGACAAGAAAUGUAUUUUCUGCAAGAUUGCCAACAAUGAAAUUGCCACGGACCUUCUUCACAGUGAUGAGGAGAUCUCAUGUUUCAGAGACAUCAAACCUGGAGCUCCCCACCAUUACCUGGUCGUCCCAAACAAACACGUUGGGAACUGUAAAUCACUGAGCAAAGAACACAUGCCCUUGGUGAAGCGGAUGGUCGAGAUAGGGAAGGAGAUCCUCCAGAAAAACAAUGUAACAGACCUCAGUGAUGUCAGGUUUGGUUUUCAUUGGCCCCCAUUCUGUUCUGUGACACACCUACACCUUCAUGUCCUGGCACCUGCCAGUCAAAUGGGCUUCAUGUCUCGCCUCUUCUACAGACUCAACUCCUAUUGGUUCAUUACGGCAGACCAGCUGAUUGAGCUUCUCAACUCUAAAGGAGAGACCAACUGAUCACUUGUUUUUACAGUACUUGACUGUGAUGAAGGGACUGAAACAUCCACCUUCUUGCAGAUGUCACGUUGGAUGACACGCACUCACAUUACGACUAAGCUAAUAACAGUAUUUUAAACUGGUGACAUGUUUAGCAAGAGAGCACUUAGGAUUUUUUCAUUUUUAGUAUCAAAACCUUUCAGCCUGGAGACCAAAUAAAAUGCUUGAUUGGA